AUGAAUUCGAGAGCGAGCAGCAGAGAAUUAAACGAUGCCGAAAGAGCAAAACUCAACGAAUUGAUCGUUGCGAACAAAGCUUUGUUGGCACCACUGGAAGAUGAUCUAUCAGGAGAUGAUUUCGGUUUUAACGUUAACGCGAUGGCUGGCUGCGGUCCUUCCGUACUCGUCGACGUUUUAAAUUUGACUGCGGUCGCAAUUCGACGAUUGAUAAAAAUGUCGAAAAAAAUAAACGCGUUUAAAAAUAUGUGUCAAGACGAUCAAAUUGCAUUGCUUAAAGGUGGUUGCACCGAGAUGAUGAUACUUCGGUCAGCAAUGACAUACGAUCCCGACAGGGAUUCGUGGAAAAUUCCUCAAAGCAAAGAAAAAUUAAUGAACAUAAAAGUGGACAUACUCAAAGAGGCCGGUGGAAGGGUUUUCGAAGAGCAUCAAAGGUUUUUACAAACAUUCGAUCAAAAAUGGCGAAACGACGAAAACAUUAUGUUGAUACUAUCCGCCAUUGCUUUGUUCACUCCCGACAGGCCGAGAGUCGUUCAUUUUGACGUCAUCAAAUUGGAACAGAAUUCUUAUUAUUAUCUUUUGCGACGAUAUUUGGAAAGCGUUUAUCAGGGUUGCGAAGCGAGAUUGACUUUUUUGAAACUCAUUCACAAAAUAUCAGAGCUUCAUAAAUUGAACGAAGAUCACGUUCGGGUUUAUUUGGAUGCAAAUCCAAGAGAAAUAGAACCUUUACUCAUAGAAAUAUUCGAUUUGAAACCACAUUGA